GGGUACUAGUUUCUACAAACAAAAGCCACACUUUUGUCUGCACUUUGAAGUGUGUACUUGUUGAAUGUCAAGUUUUAAUGAAAUGACAGAAAGUAGAUUUAUAAUUCGGACUUGCUACGACUUAUAACUUAGUACGUUUAAUGUAUGGAAGCGAUGCGAUGGCUGCUGUUGUAUCUACGAUGUUUGUUCUCCUUACUAUGCAAACCUACAUAUAUGUCAUAGAAUGUAAGGCUAAAGUGUGCAAAACUGCGGUUGAGAAUUUCACUUCUGAUUACCAUGACCAAUGCUACUUUGUAGGACAGACAAAAGUGAAGUUUAGUGAGUCUAGACACUACUGUGAUAAGUUUGAAGGAGCGUUAGCAGAUUUCUGUAAAGAGUUGCUUGAUUUUCUAAAGAAAAUUAAAAGAUCUGUAUCUCAAGAAAUGGAAGAAUAUUGGAUCGUUGAACACGAGAAGAACUCCUCUCUUUCCUCUCUUUCCUCUCUUUCCACUUGUACCAGUAUUAAUGGUAGCAGCUUCAAGAUGAAUAAUUUUACGAGCUGCGAGUCUUUACUAGUACCUAUCUGUACAUUUGCAACAAGUUAUCUCGAUGUUGACGGAUGUUUCAAGGCAUGUGAUAAGCUUGUGACAAAACAUUCUCAAACUCCAUUCACGUCGACAUUAUCCACGAAAGUGAACAACACAAUGGCAUUCUUCAAUUCAACCAGUUCAUCACAGACAAGCAGCGACCUUGAAGAGUCAUGCGAGUGUGACCAUGACGUCACUGAGUCAAACAAAGUGUCUGAGAUUGUGGCAAUUUUAAUGGGAUUAAGUUUCUUCAUUUCGAUUGUAAUAAAUCUCUUAUUAGCGCUUCAAAUAGUGUGUAAAUUUAAGAAAGUCAAGAAUUUCACUUCCCAAGAGGAAAAGAUUGUUAGUUUCACGAAAGACUUUUUACAAAAUAAAUUGACUUCAGGAGAUAAUUAUGAAACGAUGACUUCAGGAGAAAAUUAUGAAGAGAUGACGUAUGACAACGAUCCACCCAAGUCAAAACAAGGCCAGAGGCGUGGCACCAAUGUGGAAGACUAUGGCACUUACAGCGCGAUAAGCGAUUAAGCUCAAACAGAACAUGACACAAAGAGACAACACGAAGUCCCAGACACACAACCUGUAGGUUUGAACUCUGAACAUGACACAAAGAGACAACACCAAGUCCCAGACACACAACCUGUAGGUUUGAACUCUGAACAUGACACAAAGAGACAACAAGAAGUCCCAGACACACAACCUGUAGGUUUGAACUCUGGACAUGACACAAAGAGACAACACCAAGUCCCAGACACACAACCUGUAGGUUUGAACUCUGAACAUGACACAAAGAGACAACACGAAGGCCCAGACACACAACCUGUAGGUUUGAACUCUGAACAUGACACAAAGAGACAACACCAAGUCCCAGACACACAACCUGUAGGUUUGAACUCUGGACAUGACACAAAGAGACAACACCAAGUCCCAGACACACAACCAGUAGGUUUGAACUCUGAACAUGACACAAAGAGACAACACCAAGUCCCAGACACACAACCUGUAGGUUUGAACUCUGAACAUGACAC